AUUUAAAAAAAAACACCUUGCACAAAUAUCAAGCAAAAAAACAAACAUAUCGAAUUCACCAUGGCGAUGCCGAAAGAUAUUGAAGCAAUUUUGUCCUCCCUGGGCGAAACCGAAAGUCGUAAGUGAAUCAAUAAGUGACAGAUUGGGACUGUUCGUUUAGUGGCUCGUUCAAAUCGCGAUUGCAAGGAUAUUUUGUUUUGGCUUCGGUUUCUUGUCCUGAGCCUUGAGUUCUAAUUCGCAUCCUUUGACCAUUCCUUGGCUUCCUUAUGUCGCAUCGCUGCCGUGCCGUGCGAUGUCAUGCCGCGUCGCGUGCCUGCUGCGAACCCUUCUCAAUCGCGUGCUGCCAAACAUACUAUUCAAUCCACGUUGCCGAUGGCGGCCGGAUGUUUCGAAAAACGAAUGCUACAUCYACUCGACAACAACGACCAAAACAACGACAACCAACUAUAGAACGCUUAAAGGAGUACAUUGAAUCUUUGCACGCCGAAAUUGAGAAACUCGGCGGCAGCGCUGGAACAGCGAUGGAUGCCGACGACGAUGACAACGAAGCCGACGGAGGUACUGCGGGAGGAGUAGAAGACGAUGGAUUUACUGUUCCACAAUACGUAUCUGGUGAAGACUACGACAAGCAAGCCGAUUUCAAGGCAAAAGCUGCCGAUGCRAAGAACAACGGCAACUACGAAGAAGCAUUGCAAUCCUACAACGAAGCUGUUCUGGCCGCCCCCCCGUCGGCGUUGCUGUACGCAAACCGUGCGAUUGCACUGGAAAAACUCGGGCACUACAAAGCRGCCGAGCUUGACUGUAAAUUGGCGUUGGAACAGAACCCAGAUUCUGCAAAAGCACUGAAAACUAGAGGGAAGCUGCGAUUCAUGCACCUCGAUGAUUGGGAAGGUGCUCUGAGGUACGUUUCCUGAGUGGGACCGCGAUGCAAUUUUUCUUUUGGGUGCCUAYCUAGCAGAGCMAAUACGAUGCARUCCUACGAAGCAUAGGAACUUAUGGCAGCUWUCUAAGUCGAAGUAUGUUCACAAAUGUUUGUUUCAACRAUGUUCGUAUCGUUAUCCUCCCCCSAAAACUAUUCAGGGACUUGAGCCAGGCACAAUCCAUUGAUUUCGAUCCAGACGUUGCUGAUAUGCUGAAGGAACUAACCAAGAAGAGAAUCGAAAAAGAAAAGGAAGAAGCYCACGAAAGAAUUCAAAAAGAAGAGGCAAUGCGAAAGAAGGCAGAGGAUAUCAAAAAAGCGCGAGAAGAAGCCAAGCGCGAAGCAGAGGAAGCCGCCGCUAGCAGUGCUGGUAUGGGUGGCAUGCCAGGAGGCAUGCCCGGUAUGGGAGGUAUGCCCGGCAUGGGAGGCAUGGGUGGUAUGCCCGGUAUGCCUAAUCCAGAUAUGAUGCAGGGUAUGAUGAAUGAUCCCGAGAUCAAAGAAGCGAUGCAAAACCCAAAGGUUGUGGCCGCCUUCUCGGAAAUAAUGAACGGUCCAGGAGGUCCAAUGGGGCUUCUGAGCAAUCCUGCGAAGCUCCAAGAACUAAUGGCGGAUCCAGACGUUGGUCCAGCUUUGAACCUCAUGAUGAAAAAAAUGAUGGGCGGGGGCGGCAUGCCUGGAAUGGGCGGUAUGGGCGGCAUGCCCGGAAUGGGAGGAAUGGGUGGUGCACCUUCCGAUGAUGAUGGCAUUCCCAACAUGGACGAGAUGCCUGACCUGGAUUAGGUUGUCGUCAUGGUCGACUUUGAGUGUUUGCUCUACUAUAACACAGACGCAUGAGCGGGCUACGUGCACUGCAGAAGAGUCAAUCUGCAAAAACGAAACACCAUACAACAUAAGUUCAAUGUAACAACAAGYAAUGUCCUGAAGCAGGGAGAUAUUAUUCCGAUUUAUGUUCUUCUAUUCUUUCGUCAAUUCAAAACUUACACCAUGGAAUCCUGCAUCAUAUACAUAUCUUCUUCGUGCGGUUUCAUCGGCCAGCCCRAGGAUUUUCGCAUCUUCAAUUAGAUUUGUGUKUCUAUUGGAAAAGAAUAUCGGUGGGCUGCGACGCUUUUGGUGUAUCAAGUGGUAAUCUUGAUGGUGUUGGGUAUUUCGGCGAAUCUAUCAUUCUCGAGUGCGUACGUGCCCGUGCGUGAAAAAAACGCAAGGCUUACUGUUACUCGUGGUGCAGAUCUUUCAUGACCAAAAUAACUUUCGUGGUGGUAAUGAUGGGUGACAAUAAUUAUUUGWAGAUGUU